CUUAUGGGGGAGCUUCCCUAGGAAUAAUGGAUCGCUUCUCCUGGUGUACCGGGCUGUUGGAUAUAGAUGAGACGCUGGUGAUCCAGCAGCGUGGGGUGCGCCUGUCUGACGGGGAGGACAAGACCAGGUUUGAUACUGGGACACUACUUUUGACAACUCAUAGACUUAUCUGGAGAGAUCAAAAAAAUCACGAUUUCUGCAUUGCGUUCCCGCUAUCCCAAAUUGUUUUCACUGAAGAGCAGUCUGGAGGCAUUGGAAAAAGUGCUAAAAUAGUUGUUCAUCUCCAUCCUCCCACCCCUAACAAGGAGCCUGGGCCUUACCAAACUAGUCGUUACUCCUACGUCAAGCUGUCCUUCAGAGAGCAUGGUCAAAUAGAGUUCCAACGACGUCUGGCAGAGGAACUGACUCAGAGAAGAUGGGAACGUUCAUCAUCAUCAUCACCAUCUAUGCAAAUCACCAAGGGCCCACAGACUGGGAGAAUCAAGGCAGUGGGAAUUGUUGGCAUAGAGAGGAAACUGGAAGAAAAAAGAAAGGAGACUGACAAAAACAUUUCUGAGGCCUUUGAAGACCUCAGCAAGUUGAUGGAAAAGGCAAAGGAAAUGGUGGAACUGUCCAAAUCAAUUGCUACCAAGAUUAAAGAUAAACAAGGGGACAUUACAGAGGACGAGACAAUUCGGUUUAAGUCGUAUUUGCUGAGUAUGGGAAUAGCCAAUCCUGUCACACGGGAAACACAUGGAUCUGGCACGCACUACCACAUGCAACUGGCAAAGCAGCUGGCAGCAAUGUUACAGGCUCCAUUGGAGGAGCGAGGGGGCAUAAUGUCCCUUACAGAAGUGUACUGCUUAGUUAAUCGUGCCAGAGGAAUGGAGUUGCUGUCACCUGAGGAUUUGGUAAAUGCCUGCAAAAUGCUGGAAUCUCUAAAACUCCCAAUAAGGCUUCGUGUGUUUGAUAGCGGAGUUAUGGUGAUCGAACACCAGUCCCAUAAUGAAGAGGAAAUGGUGGCUUCUGCUUUAGAAACGGUUUCAGAAAAAGGCUCCCUUACCUCUGAAGAAUUUGCCAAGAUUGUUGGAAUGUCUGUUCUUCUUGCCAAAGAAAGGCUGCUUCUUGCAGAACACAUGGGGCACCUUUGUAGAGAUGACUCGGUGGAAGGCUUGCGCUUUUAUCCAAACCUGUUCUUGACACAGAGUUAGUUCAUUUAGGUUGCUGUUUCGAGUGUGGCAGAGAUUACUUGUUGUGUGAAAGCACCACCAUGCAGCUGUACUUACAGAUCCUGACACUCCAGCUAGUCUUAAGAAGAUUGUGGCCCUCAAAACCGUUACUAUCACUCAGCGCUUGGCCACAAGUUAAAGGCACCCUAGGCACUCCCCUACCCCCAGUCUGGACCUGCUUGGGGUAGUCAGGCAGAAGAGGUAUUUGUCUAGUGCCCCUCCUCCAACUAGGCACAUGCAGACUCUGCCUACCCCUAGUCCCUGCCCUAGUAUUACUUUACUUUUCUCCAGUUGGCGAAAUAAAACUAUUUGGUUGCUACAGUCAGUGGUUUGUUAAAGUUUUCUGGUUGUUAGUCAAUCCAACCCAAGCAACCAGAUGGGGAAUGAAAAGCAUCAAUGAUGUCUAGACUGACCUUACUUUCUAAUAUUGCUAUGGAUGUUGAGGGUUAAAACAUGUAUUUCAUAAUAUUGGAUUGAUAAGCAAUGUAUUUUUUGUGAUAUUAAAUAAUAAAAUUGAUAUGAAAAUGUUAAA